AUGAAGGACACGAACAAGCCCACCCGGGUGUCGCGCUCCGGCGGGAAGCUCCUGUACGUGGUUCAUAUGCUUCUCUUCCUCUCCUUGGGAUUUGUCCUGGGCAUGGCAUCCAUAGACAAGUUUCCAUACUUCAACAUCAUCCCUUUCGUCGUGCCAUCGCUGCCCUCUCCAAAGCCGUCGGCACCUCCAACGCCGCCGCCGCCGCCAACACAGAAGCCGCAGAUGGGGCUGAUGAGCUUCCUACCGCCGAGCGGCGUCAUACACAACAUGACCGACGAGGAGCUAUUCUGGAGGGCGUCAAUGGCGCCCAAGCUCCGCGGCACGCCCUACCACCGCGUGCCGAAGAUCGCCUUCUUGUUCCUGGUGAGAGGGGACCUGCCGCUGCGGCCGCUGUGGGAGAAGUUCUUCGCGGGGCACCAGGAGCUCUACACCAUUUACGUGCACGCCGACCCCUCCUACACCGGCUCGCCGCCGGAGGACUCCGUGUUCUACGGCCGCAUGAUCCCAAGCCAGAAAACAAAAUGGGGAGACGUGAGCCUGGUGGAGGCGGAGAGGCGGCUGCUGGCGAGCGCGCUCCUGGACCACGGCAACGAGCGGUUCGUGCUGCUGUCGGAGGCGUGCAUCCCCGUCCGCAACUUCACCGCCGUGCACGCCUUCCUCGCCGGCUCCGCCACCAGCUUCGUCGACAGCUACGGCGACGGCGACUGCCGCGCGCGCUACGACCGGUACUUCGCCGAGCGCACCAACAUCACCAUCGAGCACUGGCGCAAGGGCGCGCAGUGGUUCGAGAUGGACCGCGCCCUGGCGCUGGAGGUCGUCGCCGACGAGCCCUACAUCCGGAUGUUACGCGGCUUCUGCGCCGGGCGGUGGCGCUGCCUCACCGACGAGCACUACCUGCCGACGCUGCUCAGCCUGCUCGGGUGGGCGCGCAACGCCAACCGGACCCUCACGUACGCGGACUGGAAGCGGCCGCAGGGGAUGCACCCGCACACCCACGAGGCGGCGGAGGUGACGGAGGAGCUCGUCAGGCGGAUCAGGGAAGACGCCGGCGACCGCUGCUUCUACAACGGCGCCAGGAACGGGAUCUGCAACCUGUUCGCGCGCAAGUUCGCGCCGGACACGCUCGAGCCGCUGCUCCGGUUGGCGCCCAAGGUCAUGGGCUUUGGGUGACCUGAUCGUCAAGAUUUUGUGCCAUUGUACACUUCCCAUGAACAUGUUUGACCUGAAAGAAUAUUGAAACAGAUGAGAACAUGCAUCACGGGUUAUGCAUCCUCGUUUACCGUGCC